AUGCCGCCAUCUUCGCACGCCGAAGCAAAACGGCAGUUUGAGGAAUACAGCAAGUGCUGGGCAAGGCUUAGCCACCGAGAUCCUGCGAUACCAUACCCAACAGCUGGUCAACGCGCGGACGAGCUGCUGGACCGCUCACGCCUCGGCGCGUCUCUCGACCAUUCGACAUGGACGGAUGCGCUCGUGAUGGAGAGCAACACUGCACUCUUCUUCCUCCGCGCGUUCGGAUUCCGGCCCCAGUUCGUUGCAGACGGCACAGGGAAGGUUCGGCUUGAAGCUCGCGGAGGCGGAACAAGCGACUUGGAGUCCUUGAAGGGACACCUCAGGAUUAACAGGACGCGUUGGCAUCCGGACAAGUUGGGUGGAAGAAACGACGGGAUGGCUGGCCGCAACACAGCCCUGGCGGAGGAUCCACGAGCAAAGGCUGUCCUGCAAGGCAUCAACAACUUGCUAGAGUUGUGUGAUGAGAAACUAGUCCAGCGGACUGGGCCGCCGUUCCUGUAG